AUGGGCUGCCCCAAGUCCUUCAGCGUGAAGGGCGGCAUGGGCGCGGCCCUGCUGGACCAGCCGGAACUGGUGGCGGAUCUCCUCAAGACGUUGCGGAGGGAGCUCCCAGCGCAGACGACGCUCACAUGCAAGAUCCGGAUGCUGCCCUCCACGCAGAAGACGCGAGACUUCAUGCAGGUCUGUGAGCGCAGCGGCGCCGAAGCCAUCACCGUGCACCUUCGCCUGCGGCAGGAGCGCCCCGCCGAGCCUGCGCAUUGGGACGAGCUCUGUCGACUGUGGGAUGCUGUGCAGAUUCCGGUGCUGGCGAACGGCGACUUCUUCAAUCGCCGGCAAAUCGCCGAGUUCUGGAAGCACUGUGGCAAGGGCUCCGACGCGGCAGCUGGCUGCCCUGCAGGGGUGAUGAUCGCCAGGGGUGCGCUCUGGAAUCCGAGCAUCUUUUGUCGUGAAGGCUCGAGGGAGCCACCGGGCUUCGAGGAGAUGAUCCAAUCUUACGUGCGCACAGCCGUGGCCACCAAUGCCAACUACCAGAACACGAAGUGGGUCCUCAGUCAGAUGCUCGUGGCCGGCACGGGCGUGCUCGUCCCCACCUCCUUUAAGGGCACCAGCUUGAAGACCUUGAGCCGCGACCUCGCCUCUGCAAAGUCCAUGGCAGGUCUGCAACCGGACCUGGCAUUGCAAUGCAAAGACACUGCUCUGUGCACCCCAUGA